CUAAAACAAGAGAUGCCUUUUAGACUUGGCAUUUUUUAACAAAAUAGAGGCAAAUUACAGUAUGCAAUUGGACAAAAAUUAGUUGGAGAGCAAGCACACGCGUUGGACGCCGGUGGACGCAUGACUCGCUGGAGAUGGAGUGGAGUGAUGAGGUUGACAGUCACUGGCCACCGCUCCUGUCGCGUGUUAUUAGUAGUGGAGUGUGUAGGUACCAAAUCUUGAAGACAGAGGUAAAGUGGUCAACAGCAGUCUCCUCUCAGUUCACACUUGACACUUCACAAUCCACACACUACACUGCACUACUGCAGUCGCAAUCUACCUCCAUAGUCCAGAUCCCGCCCACAUUCUCCUAGCCAACUGUGCCGGCGAUGAGGAAGACGGGGGUGACCUCAGCCACCACAGGCACAGCCGCAGGAGGAGGGGCAGGCUGGCCGUGCUGUGGCGGCCUCAACCUCAGCGUGAGGCUCAACGUGCUGCUGCUGCUGUCGGUGGUGGCCACCAACCUGGUGUCCCUCUACCACCUCUCCCUCCGCGCCGCCACCGUGCCGCCGGUCCUCCUCCAGCAGCGCCAGCAGGACGGCGACCAGGAGCUGGUCCUGAUUCGGCAGCUGGACGCCAUCCGCGCGGGCGUGUCGCAGCUGAACCACCUCCGCUCCUCGUCCCCUCCGCCGCCGCCUCCCCCGCCGGAGCUGCUCCUCUACUCCCGCCUCGCCCCCGUCGCCUCCGCCUGCUCCGCGCACCCGGACCUCCUCCACCGGUACAUGUCCUACACCCCCUUCGUGCCCUGCCCCGACGACGCCCUCUCCCUCGCCGAGCCGCUCCUCCUCCGCGGAUGCCACCCGCUCCCGCGCCGCAGGUGCUUCUCCCCCACCGCGGCCGCGUCCGCAUCCAAGCUCCUCCCCGCCGACCCCUUCUCCCCGCUCCCCGAUGCCGCCGUCCGCUGGCCCAAGGACGGGAAGUGCAAAUCUUUCUCCUGCCUGCCGCCGUCGCUGGGCUUCGACGUGACGCGUACGGAGGCCGCCCGGUUCCUCCGCGCGCGGGGGCCCCUGGACCUGACGGCGCCGCAGCUCCUGCGGCUGGCGUCGCUGAGCCGCGCGGGGCCCAUCCGGCUGGGGCUCGACAUCGGCGGCGGCACGGGCACGCUGGCGGCGCGGCUCAAGAAGCUCGCGAACGCCACGGUGGUGACGACCACCAUGAACCUGGGCGCGCCCUACUCGGAGGCGGCGGCGGCGCGCGGGGUGGUGCCGCUGCACGCGCCGCUGCAGCAGCGGUUCCCCCUGGGGGACGGGACCAUGGACGUGGUGCGGGCGGGCCACGCGGUGAACCGCUGGAUCCCGGAGGCGGCGCUGGAGUUCCUGUGGUACGACGCCGACCGGGUGCUGCGCCCGGGCGGGCUGCUCUGGGUGGACCACUUCUGGUGCCGGAGGAGCGACCUGGAGGGCGUCUACGCCGCCAUGCUGCGGAGGCUCGGCUACAAGACCAUCAAGUGGGCUGUCGCCGACAAGAGCGUCGCCGGCGGCGGCAACAGUGGCAAGGACGAGGUCUACCUCACCGCACUGCUGCAGAAGCCAUUCAGCUAGGUGGCGCACACUGUGAAAUGGGGGCAAAUGAAAUGGAAGUUCAUCGAUCAAUGGAGUAUCUUCUUCGCUGAAGACUGAAGCAAUGCAUAUUGCAGACAUACCAGUGCAAUGUUGCAGCAGUAGAACUGAUGGGCAAGCUAUACCUUGGCAAGUUUUCAUUAUUGUAUGUAAAUGGGAUUAUUGUCAUAAUUAGCAGCCUUUCUCUA